AUGGGCCCCACCACAACCAAGACCUGGGCCACGACGAUCAAUCUGGCAAACACCAUCCUUGGCACAGGCAUGCUCGCCAUGCCUGGAGCACUUGCCACUGUUGGAUUGCUGCUUGGAAGUUUCAUGAUCGUCUUCUCGGCGUGCGCAUCUGGAUUGGGACUCUACUUCUUGACCAGGAGUGCUAGUCGGACACAGGGCCGUGCGGCCUCGUUCUUUGCCUGCUCAAAACUCACAUAUCCCUGGGCAGCUGUUGGAUUCGACGUGGCGAUUGCUGUCAAGUGCUUCGGUGUCGGCAUCUCGUACUUGAUCAUCAUUGGCGAUUUGAUGCCCGAGGUCGUGAGAUCUCUGGGUAUGAUUGCGUUUGCAGCUGCAGGAGGCGAUGGUUCGGGCGACAUGGACCCUCAGCUCUGGUUCUUGGUCGACCGCCGGUUCUGGAUCACCAUCUUUAUGGCCAUCAUUGGACCCAUCUCCUUCUUGAAGCGUCUGGAUUCGUUAAAGGCCACUAGUGCAUUGGCCUUGGGAGCUGUUGUCUACCUGGUCUUCAUCGUUGUCUAUUACUACACCUACCCUGACCAGCCCUUGCCCCCCAAGGAGGAGAUUCGUCUUUUCCAUCCUUCCGCCCAGUUCUUCACUACCCUGCCCAUCUUUGUCUUUGCCUUCACCUGCCAUCAGAACAUCUUUUCGGUGUACAACGAGUUGUCGGACAAUGGACAGAGCAUGCUUAACAGGAUCAUCACGACCUCGAUUGGAUCUGCUGCUGUCAUUUACCACGUUGUUGCAAUUCUGGGAUACCUUACUUUUGGAAACAUCGUCGGCAGCAACAUUAUCCAAAUGUACAACGCCUCGCUUCUGGUUACAAUUGGACGCAUUGCCAUUGUGAUCUUGGUUAUGUUCUCCUUCCCGUUGCAGGCCCAUCCUUGCAGAGCAUGCCUGGACAAGGUGUUGACCGCAUUGGUGCAGUUCUGGCAGUCCCGCUUCGGCAAGGACGCUGACUACAGCACUCUCAACAAUGAGCAGGAUGAUCACGAUGACGAGCCUUCGACAGUUACCUCUUCCACAAUCCCCAACUCUGUGCAGUUGGACGAACAUGGCGAGCCCAUCCAGGUGACCUCGGAACUCAAGUACAUACUUAUGACGAUGGGAAUCCUCAUUGGAAGCUAUUUGAUUGCGAUCACUGUCUCGGAGCUAGAGCUGGUGUUGUCGAUUGUCGGCUCCACUGGAUCGACCGCCAUCUCGUUCAUCCUGCCUGGCUCGUUCUACUACAAGCUGCACCAGAAUGAUCCUUGGACUGGACGUAAAAUUUUGUCGGUCUGCUUGGCUGUCUAUGGAACUAUGGUCAUGAUCAUCUGUCUCACCGCCAACCUCCGUCGUUUAAGCCAUGGAUAG